AUGAGCUUUCUGGGUGCCGGAAUGCGGAACCGUCUUCCGUGCGGAGCCGGGCUGCCCGCGGUCGUUGCUUGUGCCGGCGGCAGAGCCCUCGGGGGAGGGAUGCUGCGGAAAGGAAGGGGAGGCGAGCGACCCCGCCCUUCCCUCUCCCCCCCGAGGUGCUGCUAGUAGACCCGGGGGUCGGGGUGUGUGCGCGAAGCAGCCCCCACCCUGCCCUUCUCUCCCACCCCACAAGCCUCGCCGCCCCCUCCCCCAGCACAGGUUCGCGGAGAUCGCUCAGGACGAGCCAAAAAAAAAAGGAAGGGGAAGAAUUCAGACCCGAGAGUCUGCUCUCUACGCCCCCCCCCCCAAGUACAGCCCCCAUGGCGAAAGAGAAGAGCAAGAAGGCUUUGCUGGAACUGCUCCGGAAAGAGGGCAACGACGUGUGUGCGGACUGCGAGGCUCCAGGUCCAGACUGGGCAUCUCAUACUUUAGGAAUCUUUAUCUGUUUAAAUUGUUCAGGAAUUCACCGCAACAUCCCGCAAGUCAGCAAAGUGAAAUCUGUCCGUUUGGAUGAAUGGGACGAUGCUCAGGUGGAGUUUAUGGCUUCCACUGGAAACAAUGCCUCAAAAGCAAAAUAUGAGUCUGAAAUCCCACCGUUUUAUUACAAGCCAACUUCUUCAGACUGUCAACUGCUACGGGAGCAGUGGAUCAGAGCCAAAUAUGAAAGACAAGAAUUCAUUUACAUUGAGAAGCAAGAACCUUAUUCUGCAGGGUAUCGGGAAGGAUUUCUUUGGAAGAGAGGCCGCGACAACGGGCAGUUCUUGAGCCGGAAGUUCGUGCUGUCAGAACGGGAUGGCGCCCUGAAGUAUUACAACAAAAAUGAUGCAAAGGAGCCGAAAGCAAUUAUGAAGAUCGAGCACUUAAAUGCCACUUUCCAGCCAGAGAAAAUAGGGAACCCAAACGGAUUGCAAAUCACGUACUUGAAAGACAACAGCACAAGGAACAUCUUUGUUUACCAUGAAGAUGGCAAGGAAAUGGUGGACUGGUUUAAUGCCAUCCGCGCUGCUCGAUUCCAUUAUUUGCAAGUGGCGUUCCCUGGAGCCAGUGAUGUCGAUCUGGUGCCAAAACUUUCUAGGAAUUACCUGAAGGAGGGUUACAUGGAAAAAACUGGACCCAAGCAAACUGAAGGUUUCAAGAAGCGCUGGUUUACCAUGGACGACCGAAGAUUAAUGUAUUUCAAAGAUCCUUUGGACGCCUUUGCCAGGGGGGAGGUCUUCAUUGGCAGCAAAGAAAACAGCUACAAGGUCUUGGAGGGGCUCCCGCCAUCCAUCCAGGGAAAUCACUGGCAGCACGGCAUAACCAUCGUGACUCCAGACAGGAAGUUCCUUUUUGCCUGUGAGACGGAAAGCGACCAGUUGGAGUGGAUUGCGGCUUUUCAGAAAGUGAUAAGCCGGCCCAUGUUGCCACAAGAGUAUGCAGUGGAAGCGCAUUUCAAGCAUAAACCGUAGUGGCAUCAGGCCUGAGCGAACAGUAUAUGCUGAUCUGUUUACAACUCAAGAAUGUCGUUUGUUCUUUGCAAUUUUAAUGGUGAUGAGAUGUUCAGCAAAAUACCUUGGACUACAAGAUGGGAAAUGCUCGUGGCAGCUGCAAAAUGAAGGACGGUGCUGCCAAGGCCAAAGCAGACAUUUGAGAACCUUCAUGCUUCCCAAACCAGGGAACAACGUGGCUCUUGCAUCACAGCCUAGUCAAGGUACCAGUCAGCAGUGACUGCAAGCGUGCAUCUUGUGUGUCUCACUACAGUCAGGAAGGAAGUAUCCUGGAGUCUGAGCAUGCUGUUGGCAUGGGAGAUUAAGAAGAAUGCUCUCUUCCACAUUUUCUCUCCCCUUCUCCUCCCUAUCACUUGCUUUGGUCAUGAGAAGAACACACCCUUUGUCCAGAAUGCUUUCUCCUAAAGAGUUUGUCUUUAGAGAAUGGGAUUCCUAUUUUGGAGGAGGGCAGCCGUUCGUUCAAGAGACACCUGCAGCGAUCUGGCUUCCAUCAGCCCUAAACCCUGCUGUCCAUUCCUAGGAAGAACCGAUACAAAAGUCCAACAGGUGUUGCGCAUGAUGCUGAAGUUUCAACAAAUGCCUUCUGAUCAUAUCCCAUGUGGGCAUCGUUGAAUGCUACUAUUUAAAUAGCCACUGACGCUCAUUUCAAGGGAGGGGAGGGGCUGCUUCAUCACCUUGAGAUGCUUAAGUAGAAGGUUUGUAUUUAUUUUUGGCGAUGAAUGUUGUUGUGAUGCUUGGGAGUUUCUUCCAAGCUUCUUCCAAGCCAUACAGCCUGGUGCCGUCCUGUUGAAAGAGUAAGCUUAGCACAACCUAUCAGGAGUUCCAGAAAGUAUCUUUUUCGGCUUCCCAUCCUAGAGCUGAGAAAGUGGGGUGGAGUGUCAAGCAGGGAAAAAUACAUGGGCAGGGGGACUGAAUGUCAGUAAAAUCCAUAAAUGGAUGAUAUAAGAUAUAGUUUCCUGUUUUGCUUCUUCAGAGUCUCAGCCUGGAGUGCUCUUAAUUACUUUAAUGUUACUAGAGUGGUGUGAGAGCCAGUGUGCUGUAGUGGUUAGAGUGUUAGGCUAGGAUCUGGAAGACCCAGGUUUGAAUUCCCCCUUGGCCGUGGAAUCUUCCUGGGCAAUCUUGGGCCAGUUGCACCUCUCUACCUAGCCUACCUUGCAGGGUUGUUCUGAGAAAAAAAUGGAGAAGAACGAUAUAAGCCAAUCUUGGGGAGGAAAAUGGGGGGGGGGAAUUAAGUUAAAUAAAUAAAUAAACCUGACUCUGUUGGCUAUGAGUUUGGCAAGGCUGGCCACAGACAGCAUGAAGCCCCUAUCUGAGCCCAAAUGUCUAUAACCUGUUUGCUGUGAAAAGAAGCAAGAAAACCCCUUUAGGCUAAAAUCGUAAGAUUGACACCUGCACUUACCUCUCAGAUGGCGAUGUGUUCCUUUUCUUAAACAAAUAGCCUCCCAAAUAUGGUUGAGCAUUUCCUCCCCUAUGGUUUGCCCUGAAGCGAGUUCAGUUGUUUUGAGGCUGACUUCCUAGGCACACUUGUUUGGGGGCACAGCCCCCUGAGCACAACUGGGCCCUCUUUUCUGGGAAAACACGCCUAAGAUUGGGCUAUGUGCCUCACUGAUAGCAAUGGGAAAGAGUUUAAGCACAUGCCUGGUCUUCAUAUGGCUUCAGGGCGCAUAACUGGUGUGCAACUGGACUCUGUUUUUGCAGUGCCCCGUGUUGAAGUCUCCAACUGGAGAUUUGGGAGGGACUUUCCAGAGCUCUUCUGUGAUGUUAAAUCAGAUGUUAAAUCGCAGUGACAUGUCAGAGGAAACUGUGGAAGUGGACAGGACCACCAAAAGAGAAUUUUCUUUAGGCUGUUUGUAGUAACAGAAAUCCACCACCCUUUAUAAGUAUCCAAUCUGCAACUAACUUUGGCCAUGCAAAAGUCCUAGUGGAAUUCCUCCUAUAUGAUCCUCUCUGUGCUGUGGAUCUUUACCUGCCAAGCUCUGUGGGCAUAUCGUCAUCUUUUACAGGAAAACUGGUAACCCUAACAGACCAAAAGCCAGAGCUGGACUUCAGGAUUUGGGGCUCCCAGAAGAGAGACUGCUAGGGGUCUUUUUAACCAGGUAGUACAGAGAGGGUGCAAAGCAGACAACUGGAGUCCCCAUUCUAAGUGAUUCAUGGGCAGAAGCAAGGCCAUAUGCCCUACAUCUUGUUCUUUUGAAGGAUCAGAUAUAGAAAUUAUUUGCAGAAUUAUGACAGAGGACAUGAACCAACUUAAUUCAGCCUAAAGAGACAGCAAAUACAACGUGGGAAGUUUGUUAGCCAGUUUCCUCUGUGAUCUCCUGGAUUGACCCAUUUUUCUCAAGGCCUUGGCCACUCCCUCCUCUCACUGUUUUUGAGCUGGCCAUAACAUCCGACCUGCUUUUGACAAAAGCACACAUUUGCUGUGAUGUGUUAAUGCAACUCUCUUUGUAGGAAAGCUUGGGUGAGGCAGAGGUUGAUGUAGCUUUGUUUUGUAUGGGUAUUGUGAUGUGCGUAAAUGUUGCCAAUGAGGUUUCUGUUUUGUUUUUUAAAUAGCAAAGAUGUGAACUCUGAAAAAUGUUGUUCAAUGUAGAUGGAAGUGACUACAUGCAAAUAGAAUGUCUUUAUAUGUAGGAUAGUUAAAAUUAGAUGUGAUGAAAACCGGCCCAUGUUGGGGGAGACCAAAUUAAGUGCCUGCUAGUGAGAAAACAACGUAGAAUCCAAAACACAGUUCAAUAGGUGCAUUAAGCAUGUUGAAGCCCACUGAAAUUAGUGAACUUAAAGCUGUAUUGUGGCCUUUGUAUCUAAGUGGUGGCAACACUGGCAUAAAGGUUAAAAGGGCUGGAAUGGUACAGCCCCUGCUGUCUUUUUCUUUCCUUCUCUCUCUCUCUCUCAGCAUCAGAAAUGAUCUUUUUAGAAGUCCACUGUAUCAUUCAGAAAACCUCCAAGCAAUCUAUAAGGAACCACUGAUGCAUAAUUCUCAUUGAAAUAAAUAGGACUUCUAUAUGUCCUAUUCAUUUACAUGGGGCUUGCAAAAGCAACUCUCCUGGUGGUUUGUACAUGUGGUAGUAUGCAGACUGACUGGUUAAUAAAGGGGGAGCGUCAAAUAUUUUUCUGCAAUGGACUUAGCCCACCAUAACUCUUUGUCCCCCAGUGCACAGUAUGGUGGGUACAGCAACAAAAUGGCUGCUACAGGAGGCAGAGCCAGCCACAAAAUGCCUGCUACAGCUUAGCUUCUUGUGCUGUGAAAGCAGCUUCUGCCUAAGCAAUGUUUUUAAACAUCUGCACAGCUGAUCAAAUGGCCAAUCAAAAGCCCCGCUGGACAAAAGCCCCACCUGGCCCCGCCCACUUUCUAAAAAUACAUGGCGGGCACAAGGAGAGGUGUCAGCAAGCACAGUUGGGACCAUGGGCACCACAUUGGGGACCCCUGACUUAGAUUGUUGGAAAGGGUCAUGGACGACGACAGACAGGGAUCUAGGUGUUGGGUCAUGGACUCUCCUGGGGGCAUACAUCAGUCAUAGUGCCAGGCAGAUUUUUGUUGAUGGUGCUGCUUCAAGAACCAUCUCCUUCUCAACUAGCACACCUCAGACAGGAAGCUUUUCCCCCUUUGGUGCAUGGGAGCUUCCCAGGCAAUACGUGAAAUACUUAUGCCUUAAUGGGGGUUAUAAGAAGGGGGAGGGGGGAGUCCCUCUUCCAGUUUCUCUCUUGUGGUCACAUCAGUACUGACAGAGCAGAGGAAUCACCUUUUGCCAUCACCUGCUUGUUUUGCUAGCUGGAGGUUAUAUUAAGUCAGUGUGCUGCAGUGGUUCAAGUCUCCGAGUGGGAAAAGCGGCAUUCAAAUCUCCACCCUGCCACAAAGCUCGUGAUGCUGGGCCAGUCUCUCUCUUUCAGCCUAACCCACCUCACAAGAUGUUGUACGGAUAAAAUGGAAGGUGGAGGUGGGAUAGAGAUGAAUCUCCGCCCCGCCUUUUAAAGCCUCAGCAAUGAUCUUUGCAGAGUUUUAAAAGUUUUAAGGAAAAGUUUCCGGUCAUUGUCAGGAAGAUACUUCUCUCUGAAAUGCCAGAACAAAUGCCCAGAAUUUAAGAAAGAGAGCGAGGCAGGGAAACCAGCGUUUUUUCUGGGUGCCAGAAUGCAUCUCUUUCUUUCAAUGUGCGUGUGUAGAAUAAUUUCCCUUUUGUCCAUUGCAUACAUUUAAGCCACUGCUAAUAAAACGGUGAUACUAAAUGUCAUUCAGGCCAAUAAAUUAUUACUACAUCA